AUGUCAGCAAGAAAACAGGAAAAACUGGAUAAAACGAGAUGCGAAGAAGAGGAACAAGAACAACUGGCUGCUAAAUUCACAGAAAGAGAAAAGACACCUGAUAAAGAUGAACAUUAUUUAACUGAUCCUUCUGAUAAUGAGCAUGAUCCGUUUUCUCCAGAUAACUCCUCCGAUGAUUAUAACCCCGGUAAUGAUUCUGCUUUAGAUGAUUCCGAUGAUAGCUCUGAAGAAGAAAGCGAGGAAGAAAGUUUUAAUCGUGGAAAUUUAACAAAGAAACACAUUACUGCAGAGGAUUCCAUUCUUCCUCAAGAUAAAGAGAAUAUUUUAGUAGCGGCAUCUGAAGUGUCCUGUGAUUUAGAGCCAACAACGACUUCUGAUGUGAAUUCAGUGAAUGGUAAGAAGAAAGUAUUCAACUUGCCCGAAAAAAAAUCAAGAAAAAGAGUACUUCGUCCAGAAGCAUGGUCAAGAAACGUGUCCGCAUUAGCCAGGCAGCAAGGGAAAGCAUAUAUUUCACAAAAAACUAAAAAAGAAGUGCAACAAAAAGCACCUGAAUUAGGAUUACUCUGUAAAAACUCAUGCAGAAAAAGGUGCAAUGAAAAAUUUAGUUCUAAUGACAGAGAAGAAAUUUUCAGAAAAUUUUACAAAUUGGAUCAAAAUUCAAAAAAUGUUUUUCUCUUCAAAUCAAUUCGAGUCGCACCAGUUAAGAGACGUCGAAAAAUUCGAGCAAGCGACAAGAGUUCCACAUUUUCUUAUACAGUGACAUGCAAUAAAAAAAUUGCUACUGUCUGCAAAACAGCAUUUAUGUCUUUGUACCAAAUUUCUCACAAAAAAAUACAGUUAUUGCAAAACCAGUUGAAUUCUGGAAUAACAGCUCCAUCCCCAGAUAAAAGAGGCCGCCAUGAUUCUAGACCUAACAAAAAAUCUGACGAAGUAGUUGAUUUUAUUAAAAAACAUAUAGACUCCUUUCCUGCAGAACAAUCUCACUAUUCGCGAAACAAAAACGCCAACAAAAAGUAUUUAUCGCCACUUCUAAACAUAUCCAAGAUGUAUGAGCUUUAUAAGCAGUGUGUGCAGGAGAACAAGUUAGACAAUGCAUUUUUGGUAAAAAAGAGUUUUUAUGCUUACAUUUUUUCAAAGGAAUUCAAUUUAUCUUUCUCAACUCCCAAAACCGAUACGUGUAGCACAUGUGACUCUGGAUUGAAAAGUGAAGAACAUUCAGAAAAUUUCAAUUUUGCUUUUGAGCAACAAAAAGUGGAUAGGCAAUAUGCGCGCAUUAAUAAAGAUAUACUAUACCUUACUAUGGAUCUACAACAGACAAUGCCCUUACCAAGAAUCACAACAUCGAAAGCAUUUUACUUAAGGCAAAUGUGGUUCUACAAUUUUGGUAUCCACACAAUCUCAACUGAUGGUGACAAGUCCUACUUUUUUACAUGGACAGAAGAUACUGCUACAAAAGGCAGUGUGGAAAUUGGAAGCUCUCUGCAUACAUUUGUACAACUUCUAAGUGCCGAAAAAAAAAUUGAUCAUUUAGUAAUUUGGUCAGAUUCUUGUUCUGGACAAAAUAAAAAUUUCAAUAUAAUUUCCUUGUACCAAUACUUAAUUUUAAAAGGCUAUGUGAAGAUCAUAGAUCACAAGUUUCCGGAAGUGGGACAUUCUUUUUUAGAUUCCGAUCGAGAUUUUGGAAGAAUCGAAAAGGAAAUGAGGAAACAUGAGAAAGUCUUUACCGCGGAUCAUUACAGAGAUAUAAUAAAGUCAGCAAGUAAAAACAACAGUAUAGUCACAAACAUGAAGGAUCAUUUUAAAGACCUGAAUGAGAUUCCAAUAAAGCUGAACCUUUUCAAUAGAAAAAAGAACUCCUUGAAUGAAAAGGUCUGCUUAAGGGAUAACGUAAAAUGGAUCCGCGUAGAAAAUUUUGGAGAAUACAUGUAUAAAGAUUCUCUUGAUCCGAAUACACCUUUUCUUAAAGUAGACAUUAUGAAAUAUAGAAGUGAAUACAAAAAUGCCAAAGACUACACUAUCUUGCCAAUAAAAAACAAAAAAAAAUGA